GCGGCCCCGCCCCUCGGCCGCGGCCCCGCCCCCGCGAUGGCGGCGCCCGCUCCCGGGCCGGCUCCGGUGCCGGUGGCGGCGGGGGGGGGCGCCCCGUGCUGGGCCGCCGUGCUCGGCUGCCUCGGCCUGGCCUGCGGCUACGUGGGCAGCCUCUACGUGUGGGGCCGCACCCUGCCGCGGGACCACCCGUCGGUGAUCAAGCGCCGCUUCACCAGCGUCCUGGUGGUCUCGGGGCUCUCUCCGUUCCUCGUUUGGCUCUGGAAAGAGCUCACGGGCAUCCGGCCGGAGACGCCGCUGGCGACGCUCUUGGGGCUGCGGCUGGAAGGGUUGGUGCCGGCGACGCUGCUGCCGCUGCUGCUCACCAUGAUCCUCUUCUUGGGGCCCCUCAUCCAACUGUCCAUGGAUUGUCCCUGGCGGUGGCUCGACGGCAUCCGCGUGGCUUUGGAUCCCCGUUUCUGGGCGCUGUGCGUCGCCGACGUCCGCUGGCUCCGGAACCAGGUGGUGGCUCCGUUGACCGAGGAGCUGGUUUUCCGCGCCUGCAUGUUGCCCAUGCUCGUGCCGUGCACCGGCCCCGGCCCCGCCGUGCUCGCCUGCCCCCUCUUCUUCGGCGUCGCCCAUUUCCACCACGUUAUCGAACAGCUCCGGUUCCGGCAAGGUUCGAUCGGCAGCAUCUUCAUGGCAGCAGCGUUCCAGUUCUCCUACACUGCGCUCUUCGGCGCUUACACCGCCUUCAUCUUCCUCCGCACAGGGCACCUGGCGGGCCCGGUGCUGUGCCACUCGCUGUGUAACGGGUUGGGGUUCCCGGCGUUGGGGGCGGCGUGGGGGCACCGCCGCCGCCGGGCGCUGCUGCCGUGUUACGCCCUGGGAGCGCUGCUCUUCGCGCUGCUGCUGCGGCCGCUCACCGAACCCCGAUUCUUCGGGGGGGGCCCCCCGGCCUGCGCCCACGGGCCGCGCUGCUCCUGACAGCCCCCCCAAAUCCACAGAACCACCCCAAAAUCCACAGACCCACCCCAAAACCCCAGAG